CUCUAACUUUAAUCAUUUCAUUUCUGUGCCGAGGCUAGCGACCAAGCAACAGUCUCGCUAGUUGCCUUUGUAUUGUAUACGUUUACACGUACCUAGUAAAAACAUGCAACGCUGAAAUCGUGACUAGUAGUGAAGGCAGAACUAGCCCACAUUACGUAGUCUUGGUCAGUUUCGUGAAGUUUUUUAAAGAGAUUAUGUUAUGUUAGCCUAGCGUCAGCUAACAUCUGCGUGUGAGUGUGCGCAGUUAGCUUCUAGCCCAAACUACCUAAACAAGGAUCAUCCCAUUUCCAGCUUACAGCCCGGUUCGGUCCGGUGGGUUAUACAUCUGGGGGGAGUGGACAUCACGUCUACAAAGUCAAAUGUAGAGAGUUGAGUUUAUAAAACGGCACACAAUGGAAUUGGACAACAACUCAGAGGUUGACUCAGUUGGCCCACCAGAAGAUGACACGCAACCAGCAUUUCCUCUUGGACUAUCGGACUCCGAAGCAAUGGAAGUGUUGUGGCAGGUUCGUGCUCAAAGGCGGCAGUCAAAUCCCGAUUUGCCGGAGACUGUCACACGUCUUGUCACACCUGAGGGCAGUAUUGUUUACCUGGUUGGCACCGCUCACUUUAGUGAUAGCAGCAAGAAGGAUGUAGCCACUGCAAUCCAAGCAGUCCAGCCUGAUGUGGUGGUUGUAGAGCUAUGUCAGUACAGAGUUUCCAUGCUAAAGAUGGAUGAGAAAACGCUGCUAAAGGAGGCUAAAGACAUUAACCUGGAGAAGGUCCAGCAGGCCAUUAAACAGAAUGGAGUGAUGUCCGGCCUCAUGCAGAUACUGCUGCUCAAAGUCUCUGCUCACAUUACGGAGCAGCUGGGUAUGGCCCCGGGAGGAGAGUUUAGAGAAGCCUUUAAAGAGGCAGGAAAAGUGCCCUUCUGUAAGUUUCACCUUGGGGAUCGGCCCAUUCCGGUCACAUUUAAACGUGCAAUAGCUGCUCUGAGUCUGUGGCAGAAGGCUCGUCUGGCUUGGGGCCUGUGCUUCCUCUCUGACCCCAUCAGUAAAGAGGAUGUAGAGAAGUGCAAACAGAAGGAUCUCCUCGAGCAGACCAUGUCGGAAAUGAUCGGCGAGUUUCCAGCCCUCCAUCGCACUAUCGUAGCUGAACGAGACAUCUACCUCACACACACACUUAGACAGGCUGCUCGUUGCGUGGAGGCGCCCCCUAAUGCUCAGAAAGUGCCUGCUGUAGUGGUCGGAGUGGUUGGGAUGGGUCAUGUUCCAGGCAUUGAAAAAAACUGGGACAAAGAACUCAACAUUCAUGAGAUCAUGAGCGUGGCUCCUCCCUCCCGUUUCGGCUGGGUGUUUCGAAAGGUGUUGAAGGGAACCAUGUGGGGCCUUCUGGGUUACGCCUGCUUCCGUGCCAGCAAGGGCAUGGGCAGGGCAUUACUGUCAUUUCCCACAGUUCAGUCAUGGCUUAAAAAUAUACGAGUGCCUGCCGUUUGACCAUUAGUUUAUCGCCAAAGACUUUUCAACAGUGAGAUCAGGAUCUCACACUGAACACCAACAGCCUUAAGUAGAGGAUGUAGAGGGAAAGAUUAUGAGCAAUCAUGGCCUCGAUCCCAUAUGACGCGUACUGAGUUGUAUGGGUGGAAGCCUUUGACCAGACCUCUAUUAACCCUCUGCCCAUCUCCUUUGUGAACCUGUGGAUGCAGAGUUGUACUGCCAAAGAUAUCGGACCGUGCUUUUCUUUUCUCUUUUCCUCAGUUUUAAAGUAAGAUACUCCGUGCCAUUAGUUGAAGCGGCAUUGCCCUCCCCUUCAAAUGAUAUCACCUAACUUGAAUUGAAUGAAGUUUUAUUUUCCUGUCAUUAUGUGGUCUGGUUAACUUGUAGGAUGGAGUUUAGCAGUACAGUAUUACUAUUCACUGUAAGUCCACUUUUAAAUAUGUGAUAUACUCUGGCAACAACCUGUGGUUUAUUACGGAUAAAUACUGUAGAUAAAGGCACCUCUUAUUCAAGAGGCUAAAGUGAAUGCAGCAGUGUCCCGGAUACAACCAAUUUGUAAAACAUGCACUGUGUUGGAAGUGCCAUAAGAGCGUUUAUAAAGAGUAAUAUGAAUCAGAUAGGGACCAGGUUAAGAUCUAACUGAUAUGUUGCAUGUGUUCAAUGUGUUUAUCCAAGAAAUGAGAAGGAAAAGGCAUCUUUCUGCAUGAUUUCAUGUGGAGAUUACUCAAAAGGUAUUCAGCACCCUGAUAGAUAAUGUCAAAGUACUGCCAUCUAUGGUGCAGUAAAAUAACAGAUUGUUGCAAACUAAAAGAAAAGUCAUUUAAAAUAAUUGAGUGAAAAUUAUUUAAUUACCCCAUAGUACAGUUCCCCAAAUUUUAAGGUUUGUUACAAAUGCUGCUGUCUUCCAGUAAAUGAAAACACUUAGUAAGGUGUCUUAACUGUGUCUUCCUUUCAACUUUAUGCAGUGCUACUGUUGAACUGAAUUACAUAAGACAUUACUGAUCAUUAUUGAAGUUUUACAAUGUCCUUUGUUUCUAACCUCUCAUUUUUAAACAUUGUGUACUUUUUGGAAAAGAGAAUAAAUGGUCCUACUUUA